GGGUUUUAUUAGUGGCGGAAAUGGAUGGUCUGCCACGAGAACUUUGUUUUCCUGCGUUGGUCAACGAUUUGGCUAAUUCCAUACGGAACUCCUUUAGCGGUUUUGACGUUACACAUGCUGUGUUGCAGUCCUUUCUAUACAGAAACCAGGCGUUGAUCACUGACAUAUCAAGAACCCAUGUGAAAAUUGGGAAGUACUAUCUUUUCGAUCUGCUUGGACUGCGAUACAGACCAAAGCCAUUCAUUACAUCUAUAUUCGCCCCGAGUGAAAGAAUGAGGUGAAGAGAUAAAGGGAAAAAGCCGGGAAAAGGAUGGAGCGAGUCUAUAGUUGCUACUGAGGAUUGCGGUGUACUGGGAACCAAGCUUGUCUUUAGCGUGGGUUGAAAAAUACACUGAACAAGAUGAUUUUGUAAUCAGCUUUGAUUUUGAUGCGAUCUUAAGAGGAUUUUAAGAACAAUUGAUUUUGAGAUAAACAUUUAACUGAAUCGUAAACUCAUUUAGAUAUCCAUAUCAUGCUUCUUUUGUG